CUAUGAUUGAAAGCACUAUGAUAUCAGUAUGGAGAGUAAAAUUUGCACAACUCAAGCAAUUGCACUUGUGUCAGAAAUGACACGCUGUGAAAAUGAUGAGAAAUAGUUUGAGUGGUCCGAUCUGCCGAGAAAUUUUUUCAUUUUCAGUUUUGAAUCCUUUUUUCCUCAAAAACCUGUCAACAUUGACAGCAAAACCAUUCUCUUUUGCACAUCUAUUCCCAUAUGAAGGAACGAGUGCCAGUACCAGAAGAUGCAACAGUCAAAGGCGCGUCCGUUGAAAAGCUUAGUACGCAAGAUCGACAUUUGAGGAAUGCAUGCUCUUCUGAUGCUAGUGCAGAGCCUCCUCCAUCGUUUGCUGAAUCGGAAUUUCAUCAUAUUCAACGUCGACAAGUCAAUAGACAUCGAAGCAAUCUCUUAAAGUGGUCGUCGGUCCCGUCACGCUAUCCCAACCUCAGCAAUGCUUGGGAAUUCGCAGGAUGGGGCAGUACAUAUUAUAUGGAUCUUGAACAAAGUGAUCUGGAUCGUUACGAAGAUACCCAAAAGCAAAAGACACUGAUAGGCACUUGGCGAGCCACAUCCAUUGCUGGCAACGAUCUCAUCGCUUCCGUGCUGUAUUCCAUUGGCCCAUGCGUACUCCAAGCAGGCAAAUAUGCUCCCAUUUCCAUGUUACUUAUCGCCCUCCUCAUGUAUCCGACCAAAAAUAUCAUCAAUGAAGUAGCCACAUCAAUGCCCUUGAAUGGAGGAACCUACAAUGCCAUGCUAAACACGACCGCCAAGAGUGCCGCUGCCGUGGUUGCUUGUCUAUCCAUCCUUGAUUACCUUGCCACAAGUGUUGUCUCGGCCUCUACCGCAACGGCCUAUCUAGCCGCUCAAGUCACAAUGCCUGAACACUUCUCAGCCUUUGUAUUGACCAUCAUCAUCCUGAUUGUCUUUUCAGUGAUCUGUCUGUUUGGUAUCCGUGAAUCAUCCACUUUGACACUUUCUAUAUUUUGUCUUCACACAUUGACCAUGGUAGUGGUCAUGAUCACAAGUGUCGUAGCUUGGGUUCGUGAAGGAAACCACAUCCUGAUUGAAAACUGGCAAAUGCCUGAUCCACCUGGUGUCUCACCUGUACGAAUGAUCUUUAAUGGCGUUUGCAUUGGACUUUUGGGUGUGACUGGAUUUGAGUCAGCGGAAAACUACAUUGAAGAUAUGAAGCCAGGCACCUUUCCCAAACUUAUGAACAACAUGUUUGGCUUUCUUUUGGCCUUGAACGCACCAAUGACAUUUCUUGUUACUGUCAUUGUACCGGUACCAGUCAUACAAAGCAAUGCCGCCUAUGCUGUUUCUGUUCUGGGUGAACAUGUUACGAAGGGCCAAUCCUGGUUACGCUUAUGGAUCAUGGUAGAUGCUGUGAUUGUACUGUGUGCCGGCGUAUUGACUGGUCUUAUUGGUGCCAUUGGUCUUAUUCAACGCAUGGCAAGCGACCGUGUGCUACCGCGCUUGUUUUUAGUUCGCAAUCGAUUUACGGGCUCUUAUCAGUACAUCAUUCUCGCAUUCCUGAUCCUGAGCAUUACUCUGUACUGCAUCACCGGCGGUGAUACCACCUCGUUAUCGGGAGUAUUCGCUGUAGCCUUCCUCGGCAAUCUCUCGACAUUUGCGUUUGUCAACAUUUUGAUGAAAUAUAAGCGGGGACGACUACGACGAAUGACGCAUGUGAAAUUGAUUACGGCAGUGGUAACGCUGGCACUAUUGGUUACUGCUUUGAUUGGUAACAUUGUGAUCAAUCCACUUAUUGCCGAGUACUUUGUCAUCUAUUUCGGCGUGGUGCUCCUCGUCAUUUUGGCCAUGCUCAAUCGCGGCUGGCUCUUGAAGCUGUUCUACUGGUUAUUCGAUCAAAUGGAUUCCAUUCAUCGAUUUACGCGAUUUUCCACGACUGUCGAAGCUUAUCUGCAAAAACGCAUCAAGCAACUUCGAAAACAGCCUGCAGUAUUCUUUCUAAAGACGGACGAACCCCAUGUGAUGAACAAGGCCAUCUUAUAUAUCAAGAAUAACGAAGAAGCCGCACAUCUCAAAUUUGUUCACAUUUAUGAUAAGAUGGAUGAUAUCCCUGAGCACUUGGAAGCCAAUCAUCGUAUGUUGGAUGAAGUGUAUCCAAAGAUCCAAGUGGACUUGGUAUUCAUCCAAGGGCAAUUUGAUCCGGCCACUGUGGAUGCUGUUUCACGGCAACUGGAGAUUCCAAAGUCUCUCAUGUUCAUGAGCUGUCCGGGAAAAGACUUUAAAUAUUCACUUGGAGAGUUUGAAGGAGUGCGCAUUAUCAUGUUGUAAAUACAUCAUCAUCACC